GUCAAGUAGAUUUCUAGAACAGCAGAUGACAGCUUGGAAACUGCCGCUAAACCGGCCCGCGUGCUAUUGGGCUAGCAAACCGGCGACAUGUCGUGUUGAGAGAAUAGCGCCGUGUAUGCGGAAAGACAACUAAUCACUUAUUCAUGGCGGGGCUGUGAUCUGCACAGCGCAGCGGCCAGCUAGUUCCCUGAAUCCCCGCUUACCUGCAGGUUGUUGGGAUUAGCGUGUAACCGCGCAGGAUCAGGCCAAUGUCAUCAUCUCAGAUGGAGAAUUCCGGGGAGGCGAGCUGGAUGCUGAAGCCGGAGACGGGCUGCUCAUCCUGCGGUGGAAAGGAGCCUCCCGUUACUGGGAAAGCUUUCCGUAAUAAACCAAAAGCCAGGAGCAUGUCCACCUCAGCUGUGCCCAGCUGUGCAGAGUUCAGGCGGACCCAGUCGCUGCAUGGACCAUGUCCAGUGACCACAUUUGGGCCUAAAGCUUGUAUGAUGAAGAACCCAAAAGCAGUGAUGCAUAUCCAGGACCCAGCGAGUCAAAGGUUAACCUGGAACAAGCCACCCAAAAGUGUCCUUGUAAUUAAAAAGAUUCAGGAUGUUAGUCUUCUGCAGCCUUUUAAAGAGCUUUGCAUCUUCCUCACAGAGGAGAAAAACAUGAUCGUUUACGUGGAGAGGAAAGUCCUGGAGGACCCCGCCAUUGCUAACGACGAGAGCUUUGUGGCCGUGAAAAAGAGUUUUUGCACUUUUAGAGAUGAUUAUGAUGACAUCUCCAAUCGGGUAGACUUCAUCAUUUGUUUGGGAGGAGAUGGAACUUUGCUGUAUGCUUCCUCCCUCUUCCAGGAGAGCGUUCCUCCAGUUAUGCCCUUUCAUUUGGGCUCUCUGGGCUUUCUGACACCUUUUAACUUCGACACCUACCAAUCUCAGGUUACACAGGUUAUUGAAGGCAACGCAGCCAUAAUCCUGCGGAGUCGACUGAAGGUAAAGGUGGUGAAAGAGAACUGGGAGAAAACCAGACCAAAGGAGAAAAAUACAAUCGUCGCAAACGAGUCAGGCCGCAGAACUAUGCAAUAUCAAGUGCUAAAUGAGGUCGUUGUGGACCGAGGUCCCUCCUCCUACCUCUCUAACGUUGAUCUUUUCCUGGAUGGUCACCUGAUCACUACUGUACAAGGCGAUGGAGUGAUCGUGUCCACGCCAACAGGCAGUACUGCGUACGCCGUAGCAGCAGGAGCCUCCAUGAUCCACCCCAACGUCCCAGCCAUCAUGAUCACUCCCAUCUGUCCUCACUCACUCUCUUUCAGACCCAUCGUAGUCCCUGCUGGCGUCGAGCUCAAGAUUAUGCUAUCACGUGAGGCCAGAAACAAUGCAUGGGUUUCCUUUGAUGGGAGGAAACGGCAGGAGAUUGGACAUGGAGACAGCAUCACCAUCACCACGUCGUGCUUCCCCGUCCCAUCCAUCUGUUUCCGGGACCCAGUGAACGACUGGUUUGAAAGUCUGGCUCAGUGUUUGCAUUGGAACGUGCGCAAGAAGCAGAGCCACCUGAGCUCAGAGGAAGAGGAGUUUUGAGCAUUUCCUCAGAAGCACUUUUGUUUCGUUUUUCUUCUUUUCUUUUCUUUUUUUUUAUGCCUCUCUGGGACAUGACAUCCCACUUUUGACCACAGACUUUUGUGAAGCUGUUGAUUCUUGGUCAAUUUUGUGUGCUAGUAACCAUUUUUUAAAAAAAAAAAAUAAUAAUUAAAAUAUACAAUUCUAAUUUGUAGAUGGUGUAUGACAUAACGGUCAUAAAGUGCCAGGAAUAUUUCAAAGUAGUUUCAUGAUGACGCACUAUGAGGAGUUCGAGUGAAACAUCAGGUCUUGUUAGCUCGUGCAUGAGGAGCAUUUAAGCACCACAGCAAUAACUGGAUAUCAAUCAGAAUCGUGCCUUAAAUUACAUAGAAUGUUAGAAAUCCUUCAUGGGGUGUGUAACGACGUUUUACAUUUGUGUAUCAUAGUUAUAGAUAUUCUAUAAAUAAAUGUCAGGCCAGAGGGACUCAUUUGUGCAGGGCCCUGCACAAAAAUAAAAGCUAGUACAUUCAUAUUUUAGUACAUUUUGAUCUAAGAAACUACUGUUUAAUUUUACGAGUCUUUCAGGUAAACAUCCACCAUGAAGUAUUUGAUUCCUAAGAUCAUAGUUCAUUCCAGGUCAGUUGGGACCACUGUUUCUUUUUUUUUUCCCCCAGAUUUAAGCUUUUGAGCAAUAUUUUAUUAAGGAAUUCUGGCUAUCGGUUAUUGUUGCCCCAUUCCAUCACCUUUUUGAGUUUCUAGUUAUUUAUGUAUAUUGAGUGUUCAGCAGCGUGCCGUUUCAAGUGUCCUUCUCACUGAACUUUAGCUUUACGUGUCAGAAUAUUUAACAGGCUUCUUUACCACCGAAAGACUUCCCGAAAGGACUUAUUUCAUGUUACUAUGUUGCUCUUCGUGCAGUCAUGUGCACUUGGUCCAGUUUACUACAAUAUUAUGGCUAUCGGAGGUCAAUUCAGCCACUUGUGCCCUGUUAUGAAAGACGAAAAAACGAGGAAAAAUCUGUUUACAUUCAUUCUCCCUCUCGGACACGACUGAUCUUUUUUUUUUUUAAUUUAAUCAUCGUUCAGAUAAUGUAAGAAGAAACUUGCAUUGUCAUUAAUAAUGUCAUAUUUAUGUCCUCUACCUGUUAAAUAGCUUCGGUAAGUAAUGUGUUGUCCUGGUAUAUGUUACUUUGGAGCCACCAUCUUUAUUAUCAUGAAUUCAUGUUCUCUUACCUUUUGACCCAAUGUAUAACCAGUUGAAGUAACGCAAAAUGUCCAGUCUUAAUUACUCUCAGCAACAUAAUUUCUACAGUUGAUCAUCUGUGAGUGAGUAGAUACAACGCUCAGGAGAGAAUUCAUUCGGUAAAGCCGAGGUGACAGCGUAAUGAGGGGUCUUAUUCUUUCUUUCAAAUCUGCUUCAGACGUGACUAAUUAAAAUAUUACGUGUG